AUCCGGUAGUAACUAAGAAACAGAAAGUUUGGGCAACAAAAGCCGUCCCUCAAACAUGGCGCACUAUAGGGCUUCAGAAUCCAAACGGGAGCAGUUCCGGAGGUACCUGGAGAAGGCUGGUGUGCUCGACAGUCUUACUAGCGUGCUGAUAGCUUUGUACGAAGAGACUGAAAAGCCCAACAACGCUGUGGACUUCCUGAAGCAGCACCUGGGUGUGACUGGGCCGGAGCCGGCCGACACGCAGACCCUGCGUCUGGAGCUGGCGGAGCUGAGGCAGAAAUACGACCUGCUGCUGGAGGAAAACAAAGAGCUCAAGAACAAGCUUUUGCAGUAUGAACCUGCACAAGAAGAAGGAACCAACGAAUGAAAUGUGUCUACCGCACUGGCAUUGUUGUUUUUCUCGUUCUUUUUUUACGCCAACAAGGGUCACUUUAAAUUAAGGCAACGCUGGAAGCGUAAGGGAUUUUCUGUUUCUGUAAAUAGCAGACAUGGCUAGCUUUAUUUUCAGUGUUUCACUGUGCACCUUCUGAGUUUUUUGUGUAUUUUUUUAUGUUAGUGGGGAAAAUGUGAGUAAAAAACAUCAAUGAUUUUGUGCACCAAAGGAUUGUCUGAGUUAUUUUUUG